CUAGAAACUGAUGAUUCUUUGUCCAAAAGUAUUUCAUCUACUAGUAUUUCAUUGGUAUCCCAGACAACUAAAUCUACUUUGCAACAACCUAUAAGUUUAAUGACUUCGAAUAAUGAAUUAGAGUAUAUAACUGAUGAGUCUGAUGAACAAUUAGAUGAUAAGUUUGAUGAACAAUUGAUGAUUUAUAAAGGUAAUCUUUAUUGUUCUUGA